AAACCCCCAGUUUAUUGAAUACUGCGAGUGAAGUAAUAAUUAUAAAAAUUUUAUUUAAACUCUAUACAUAGAUACAUCAUCAAAACAAACAUUCAUCUUAAAUUUAGAAAAAUAAAUUAAAAAAUGAAGUAUACCGUUACUUUUGUGUUUAUUGUUGCUCUUGUAAAUUUGGUAUCCUGUCGUCCAACUUUCGAUAAAAUUGCCGAAGUUUUGCUCGAUGCUGUACUAACCGAUACACCAAACUCUAGAUAUCCACCAGGAUCUGGUGCAUAUCAACAGGGCUACCAUCAACAUCAUCAUGAUCACCAUUAUUACGGAAACAGUGUCCAACCUGGCGGCUACUAUCAGCAUCCUAAUGGAGGUUACUCUGGUUCCCAGCUAAAUUAUUAUCCCUCGCAAGCCACGUAUGCGCACGCACCUCCUUAUGCUCAGGGGCCAUACUCUCAUCACCCCUACCCCUAUUCACAGGGACCCCACUCAAACGGAAAUUACGGAAGUUACCCAAAUCCCGGGGCGGCUUUCUCAAUGGGUGCUUCUGUCGAAUACCAACCAUCAGAAUAUGAACGGCAUCGGUCUUAUAAGACACAAGGGUACUAAAUGUAGAGACGACCUGCAGCCUUAAAUUUUAAAAAGUUAUUUAUUUAUGUUCAUAUACAUAUAUGUUAUGCAUUUUUUAAACUUGAAAUAAAGUAAACCAUUUACAUA